AUGAUUACUACUAGUACAUCAAAAGGUCCACCGAACGAUGACCGUACAUCCGAUAAUAAUAGUAAUAAAGACACGAGUUCAUCAAACUAUUUACAAGAAGAUGAAGAUGAUCCAUUCACUUUUCGAAGUCGUAAAUCAUAUCCACAACGAAAUAAUCGACCAAAAUUAAAUUAUCGUGAUCUUGAAAGAGGUCUCUAUGAUGCACAUGAACUUCGACAAUCUACGUGGGCACUUGGUGGCCCAACAUUAUUUGAAAAGAAUGAUCGUAGUAGUAAAAAUUCGACUAAUAUAGGAUUUAAUGAUGAUGAAGAUGAAGAAGGAGAUAGAAAUGCUAAUGAAGAAAAUAAUGAAAUGUUAGUUCAACAAAAUGAUAAAUCAAGUGAUGAUACUGAGCAAAUGCAUCGCCGUCUUUGGUGUAUAUGUAAGAAACCAUGGGAUCAUUCAAGAGUUAUGCUUCGAUGUGAUUCAUGUGCUAAUUGGUAUCAUGGAGAUUGUAUUGGCGUUACUAAAGAACAAGCAAGAGUUCUUGAUAUGAGUGGUGAUCAAUUCGUGUGUCCACCAUGUCAAGGAGUGACAUCAAGUUCAGGAAUAAAACCUGGAAGAUCAUCCGAUGAAUCAUUAACGAUCAAACGUAAACAUAUAGAUUUUGUCUCACCAAGUGAGCGUAAAGUUGGAGAAAGAAAUGGAAAUUUUACUUCAUCAAAAAAUCUAACAAAUUCUGAGCCAUCAAAACGACCAAAAACAGGAAUCUUCUUUCAACGUGAUCCAUUAGUAGAACCACAAAUUCAUUGUAUUGUACAUGGUUGUAGUAAUUGGGCAAAAUCCGGUUGGGUUUAUUGUUCACCAGCAUGUAUUCGUCGUCAUAUAAAUGAUACACUUCAAUCUAUUCAACGAAGUAAAGGAACGGAUAAUGACAAUCCACCAUCUCGCGAAGAUAUUUUAUUAUAUGAAAAUCGAACAAAAAAAGUUCUUGAUAGAAAAUUAGUUCCUAAAAUUGAAGAUUUAUGUACAUGGAUAAAUCAACAUCCAUCAUAUGAGAUUGUUAAACCAGCUUUACGACAAUCAAUUUUAUUAACAGCUAAUGAACCAAAACCACCUUCAAAUACAGGUUUAGUACGUUCACCAUCGAUUGUUAAUCCAACAACUCCAAAAACUCCUCCAACACCUAAUUCAAAUAAACCUAAACUUUCAUGGGCACCAGUUGUACCUAAUGCAAAAUCAGUACCAAUAAAAAAAGCUCCAGUUCAACUUGGAAAACCAACGACUAAUACAUCAAGUUCAUCUACUAUUCAAAAUUAUGCUGAUAUUCGAAUGAAAGUUCCUCAAGCUCUAUCUGAUAAACUAAUUAUGAGAUUAGAAAAAAGUGGUGAAAAACUUAUUUCAAAUGAAGACAUUCGAAUAAUAUCUGAUAAAAUUGAAGAAGAAAUGUAUCGUGUUUAUGGUAAAGUUGAUAAUUCAUAUAAAAAUAAAUUUCGUUCAUUGUUGGCCAAUAUCAGCAAUAUGAAUAAUAAUUUUUUCUAUAAAUAUAUACUUUCAAAAGAAGUUACAGCUAAACAAAUUGUUGCUAUGAAAGCUGAAGAUAUGUUACCACCUGAGGAAAAAGAAAAACGUAAAGAUGAAUUUGAAAAAGAAGUUCAAAUGAUAAUUAAAGCUGAAGAACAAACAGCUGAAGAAAUGGCAAGAAGGGCUCGAACUAAAAUUACUCGACAAGGUCUUGUUGAUAAUGAUGCAGCUUUAUCUGCAUUUAAAGGCACCGAACAAACUUCAACUGACUACAAAGACAAUGAAUCUAAAGAAUCAAAAUCUUCUAGUACAUCUAAAACAAAUCGUGAAACGAUAAAGACAGAAAAUAAUAAAACUUCAAAACCUAUUAUUAAAACAAAGAAACCAAUCAAUUCGACUUCUGCUCAAAAACCAGCUGCAAAACCUAAACCGAAAGUUCAAACAUCUACACCCAAUAAAGAUACAACAUCAUCACAUGGUCAACAUACAUUUGAUAUCAAUUGCUCAAUAUGUGCAAAUACAAUACCAACAAAAUCAACAUCUCCAAAACCAUCUCCAUCAAUACCUACUGAAACGAUUCCUCAACCGACUGAACCGAUACCCAUUAAAACUGUCGAAGAACCUCCAAAACUUCCAUCUACACCACCAGUUCAUGAAGAAUCCAAUGAAGCAUCAAAUGUUGUAUUUCCAGCAGUUGAUCUUGAUAAUGAUUACAUCGAACCAGAAAGUCCAACAGGCAUUGAUGCCUUACUUUACGAUGAUGAUGAUGAUUUGAAUAAUAUCAGCCUGAAUUCUCGAUCAUCAAUAGUUCAACAACAACAUCCCGAAUCACCCGGUGAUAAUAAUGAAUGUCUUCCACCAGCACCACAACCAAUUCGUGACGAUUAUAAUCCUUUAGCUGCAUCAAAAUCUAAAAUUGAUACAGCACAAAUGUAUCAACCAACACCUAUUGCUCGUUCAUCAAGUGUAACAAAUCAAUGGCGUGGUGUUAUUCUUCCACCUGAUGCUAAAAUUCCAUGUCAAUUAGUACGUACUUAUGGUGAAAGUGAUUAUCUUAUUGGAGACAUUCCAGAGCAACUUGGUAUUCUUGGACGACUUCGACUCGGUGAUCUUUGGGAUUAUGUUCGUGAGUCUAUUGCUGUUCGUGAUGUGAUUAUUUUAACACUUAUAUCAUCAAAUAAUAAUGAAAGUAAUGGAUUUUCACGAUAUGUUGACACAAUGCGUGCAUCAGGACGAGCUGCUGUUAUUAAUAAACGAUCAGAUCCAUCAUUAAUUCGUGAUAUGUACGUUUUGGCAGCUGAUAUAAAAGAUUGUCCAUUAAAUGUCAUAUCAACAUUUUCUUUAUCAACAAAUAUUGAUCCAAAACAAUUAUUUCUUGUUGUUAUUGGCUCAGGAAAACGAACAAAACCGUUAAAUCGUCCAAAUCAAAGUCAGUCAUUGAGUAAUAUAACUUAUAAACCCGUUUCAUUGCAAGAGACUGCACCUAUACGAGAUCCUCGUUUAUCCAGAAAUAAAGAUCCACGACAAAGUGGAAGUAAUGUUACAGAAACAAUGCCAACUGGUAAUGCCAAUCUUUCAAUACCACAGCCCACAUACACUACUAAUACAAAAGCAAUUCCCACCGAAUACUCCACUGAAGAUUUACUCAAGUUAAUAUCUGAAUCCUUUGAUCAUAUUCGUCAUGCUACAUCAGUUGAUACUAUCACUCCGACAGUUAUGUCUACAAUGGAACUUUUAAAAUCCAGUGGACGUGAAGAUUUAUGUGCACGAUUUACUAAUGAUCUACAUACUAUUAUGUCGGAGUGGAAACUAUCAAAAGAAACUACUUUGACUAAAGCAGUUAUAACUGGUGAUAAUUUAAAUGAAGAAAAUAUGGAAGUUGAUGAUGAACAAGAUGAUAAACAGAAAAAACAAUUAUCUAUAAGUGAAUAUAACGAUGUUGAUUAUCGUUUUCUUAAUCAAGAUAUGGAUCAUCGUAUAACAACAACGACAAUAACACCUGAAAAUGAUCAUCAAAAUGAACGACGAAAAGAUAUAACAAAAAAAUCACGUUUUUCGGAUGUUGUUUUAUCAAGUCAUCGUGAUGCCGAUGAUCGAACAAUAAAAUCAAACUUAAUGGGAGAACAGAGAGAGAAAAGAACAACAAUUAUUGGUAAUGAUUCAGAUUUUCGUACAGAUGAUACUAAAAGAACAUCACUAAAAUGA